AUGGCUGAACGAACUCGUGGCACAGCAGGAGCGGCAGCUACAGAUCCUCCCCAGGAAGAGAGUUUGUACCAGGAGAUGUUGAGAUAUCAAAACGAAAACAAUAUUGAAGAUGAAAAUGAUACGCUGGGCUCUAAGUCACGGCGAAAAAAGAAAGCCUCCAGAUCCAAGUCGCCUACACCUCGAGCACCCGUAGAUGACACUCCAGGGAGCAGUGGAGACAGAAAGCCAGCUGCAAGAUCCACACCCACGAGUGGUCGGAGGAAGCAUCCAACUUCUUCGGGAAGAAGGUCGCCAAUGAAUACAUCGCCAACGACGUCGUCUGACAAUAGGAAGAAGCCUGGAAUCGUAUCAGUGGAUCAACCCGCCAUCCAUCCUAACUCGGCCAUGUACCGUGCAGCAUACAAUAUUCCGGCGCCAACCCCAGCUCCUACUCCUUCCAACAGCCACAGUCAUAGCCACAGCGGGAGUGUAGCAGAGGCGACACCCAUCCGUCUGAGUGGUCCCGGCCCUGUGGAUACUUCUACAAAUGGAAGAUCCCGAUCUCCAACGAGGCCAAAUACUGAGGAUUCUGGUGUCAUCGAUGCCCUCUGUGUUUCUGCUGAUAAUCCAACAUCCCGAGCAACAGCCGUGUCACCGAUGGGUCCCACUUCCAGAGCACCAAGAGUCUCACCGAUGGAUCCGAUGAGUGGUUCGCAGCACAAUCCAAUGUUUUUUGCCAGCGUCGAUGAUAUGGGAACAAGUAGUCACACCACCGCCACCUACAACAAGAAGUCCAGGAGUAAAUCUCCGAAAUUGGAUCCACUUGGUCUCUCUUCCCACAAGAAGUCGAGGAAUAAGGCUCCGUGCUUGAACAGUCUUGACAACACCAGUUUUGAAAUGGAUACUCAGAGUAAAAAGUCAUCAAAGUCCAGGAGUAAAUCGCCAAAGCUAUUUGGGCGUAGUCAAAAGAAAAAGGAGUCGGACGAUGCCGUUGCUCCGAAAAUGAAUCAACCUUCUGUGAUACCACCCGAGGAAGAAAUGGGAAUCCCGACACCGGGUUUGCCUGUGUUUUCGAGCAAAACCAAGAAUAAACCAACCCCCAUAAGAGCUUCUCCUAGAACCGACCGCAGCCCACAUAGAAAAUCCCCAGACCAAAAAGUCGACAAGAAGAGGGCACCGUCACCCAAACCCCCUCCUCCAAGACCAGGUGUGGUGGGUAGAGCUGCCACAACUGGCAGUGAAUCAGGACCGAUUCUUCACGCACGAGACAGGUGGCAACUCGACAAUGUUUCGCCCCCUCAAGACUGGCAGCGCGACAAUGUGUCGCCGACUUCUUCCGGGCACAGUCGUUCGACACACAACAGUCGUUCCGGCCACAACCGUUCCGGCCACAAUCGUGGUUCAAGCCACAAUCGUUCCACAGAUACUAACAAUAGUCGACCACCAGCACCCGAGCAUAUCGCAAGAGCUAUCAGCGACCAAUCGACACAGAGACCGAAACCAAAGACGGCCCCUAGGCCACAGCGCCGAACCAGCACUUCACAAGAGCAAAUGGACGCUGAUUUGCUGCUGGCCCUCCAACUGUCAGAGCAAGACGCACAAGGAGGUUCCUCCUCUUCCUCGAAACCUGCUGCUGGAGCUGGUGCAACUUCACCGAAAGCAUCACCUACUAGUGCUGCCGCUCGAGGGCCUUUCCCGAAACGCUCACCCCCAGCAGCAGCAGCUCGGGCACCAUCACCAAGAUCAUCUCCUACCAGUGCCAAGGCGGCUCCCACACCACCACCAUCGGCAAGCAAAGCUGCGGCAAAGAAUGUUGGUCUUGGGGACCAUUUCGCCUUGAAAAGUUCGUUUGCGGAGGAUGCGGCCAAGAAGGUGGUGGCAGAUGACGAAAGCAGUCUUGCCGAUAUGCUUUUGGCAUUGAAGCUAUCCGCCGAAGAAGAAGCAGCAAAACGAAGGGGCGACCAGACAAGAGGAGGAGGAGGACCUCGUUCGAAUCUUUCGGGACAGAGAUCGACCUCUAUUCGAGAAUUGCUUCAAUUGGAAGCCAACGACAAGCGCAAGAAGAAGGACGACGACGACGACGACGACGAAUCAUCCUCUGUGAUGGAUCUAGUGGCUGCUGGAAUAUCUGCCAAAAGAGGCGACAAGAAUGAACAGAGGCGAAUGUAUGAAAGAAUAAGGGAAGAAGAAGAGCGACGACAAUUCGAACUGGCAUUGAAGGCCUCUGAGGAAGCUGGUACUGUUACUGUUACUGUUACUGGUACUGGUGGUACUGUUCCAUCAUCAAAGAAGGCUCCUCCUCCAUCAUCAUCAUCAUCACAAGGAGAUGAUCAAGUGGACGAUGAUCUCAAGAUGGCUCUUGAAUUUCUAUCAAGAGAUGACCCCAAUUACCGCAGUGCUGGUAAUGAGUUGGAAGGGGAUGACGAUUUCAUGUUGCAACAGCAACGAGCCAUGGAAGAAUUUGCGAAAAAGAAGGAUCCUCCAAAACCUUUGGAUCACGAACGAGGCCGCAAUUCGUUGGUGGAACGGGGCACGGCCGAGACCCAUCGGGCCAUUAGUGCCGGCAAAGCACACGUGGUUACUUGCCGUGGCUGUCAAUCCAGUCUUCAAGCACCCGUGGCAUAUUCUCUGGUCUUUUGUCCCAACUGUCAGACCGUAUCUCCGACUGGAGUGUAA